AUGGCUGCUCUGGCUAUAGACCCAACAGAGCAGCCUCGGAUGUACCAGCAAACCCUUCUUCAAGAUGGACUGUGUGACCUCUUGGAGAAUGACAAGUUUGUGGACUGUGUCCUCAAAGUCAAGGACAAGAAGUUUCCCUGCCACCGCUUGGUUUUAGCAGCCAGUAGCCCCUUCUUCAAGGCCAUGUUCCUGUCUGACCUGGAGGAGAGCAAGACGCGUGACAUUGUCCUCAAAGAUGUAGAGCCUGGCACGAUGGGGAUGAUCUUACGCUACCUUUACACCUCUGACAUCAAUUUGACAGAACAAAAUGUCCAAGAUAUCUUCAUGGUCGCUAACAUGUACCAAAUCCCGUCCAUUUUCUCUGUUUGUGUAUCCUACCUUCAAGAGAAGCUGGUGCUAGGCAACUGCUUAGCUAUCUUCAGGCUGGGACUGCUGCUGGACUGUCCUAGGCUUGCCUUGACUGCUCAGGAGUUCAUCUGUGAACGCUACCAGGUUGUAAUCAGAGACCGGGACUUCCUCCAGCUUGCUGAGACUGAGCUAGGCCUCAUCAUCAACUCAGAUGCACUCAAUGUGGACCGGGAAGAACUUGUGUUUGAAUCACUUAUGGACUGGGUUGGACAUGAUGAGAAAAAAAGGGUACAGGAACUGCCAGAAUUGCUGCGAUGUAUCCGAUUUAGGCUAAUACCAGUGAGCUACUUUAAAGAAAAAGUCGAACGCCAUAAAUAUAUCCAGUCCAACCAGGAGAUUAAAACAGAGCUGGAUCUGGUCAGGGACGCUUACCGGGGUCGUCUCCCGAAGCCGAAGUCAGAAAGAAAAGAGGGAGAAGGAAGUAGGGCGUAUGAGGAGGGCUAUCUACCGGCAAUACUCAACGACAAUCCUCGUUUUGGGAUGUUUGAGACGGACUUGCUACUUUUGAUCAGUGAUACAGGAACUGUGGCCUAUGAACCAGUUGGAAAUGAAUGCUUUGUGGUGUCUGACUCUAGAGAAAUUCCAAAGAACCACUGUAGUCUGGUAACCAAAGAGAAUCAGGUGUUUGUUGUCGGUGGGCUUCUCUACAAUGAGGAAAACCAAGAUGAACCCUUCAGUUCUUACUUCUUACAGUUUGACCCAGUAAGUUCAGAAUGGUUAGGAAUGCCCUCACAACCGAAUCCUCGCUGCUUGUUUGGGAUGGCAGAAGUGGAGAACUCGAUCUAUGUUGUCGGAGGCAAAGAACUAAAGGAAGGGGAACACGUUCUGGACUCUGUCAUGAUCUAUGACAGACAGUCAUUCAAAUGGGGAGAGUCGGACCCACUCCCAUAUGUUGUAUACGGCCAUGGCACAGUAUCACACAAAGGGCUUGUCUAUGUUAUUGGAGGGAAAUCAGAAAGCAAGAAGUGCAUGAAGAGAGUCUGUGUGUACAACCCCGCUAAGUUUGAGUGGAAGGACUUAGCCCCCUUGAAGACGGCCCGCUCCCUUUUUGGUGUUGAAGUCCACAAGGACCAGAUCUUUGUCGUGACAGGAGUUACUGAUGCGGGUCUCACCAGCUCUGUUGAGGUCUAUGACAUAGCCAGCAACAAAUGGUCUGAGUUUACGGAGUUCCCUCAGGAGCGCAGUUCCCUAAGUCUGAUGUCCAUGGGGGGUUUCUUGUAUGCUGUGGGGGGCUUUGCAAUGAUGCCCAGUGAAACUAGUGAAGAGCCCAUCCCAACAGAAAUGACCGAUAUCUGGAGGUAUGACGAGACGGAGAAGUGCUGGAGUGGUAUUCUACGUGAGAUUAUUUAUGCAGAGGGAGCCACCAUUGUUCCAGUCCGUCUCAAUACUCUCCGCCUCAACAAAUUAUAA